UCCUCCCAGCCGCCGCCACUCACUCUCCCUUGUUUCUUGGGAGCUUGUCCCAUCGUCGCUGAUUCCCUCCUUCAUCGGGAUCCCCAUCCCACCAACCACCACAGCCGAGCGCCUCCACCUUGCUUUUAGCGCCACCCAACCAGAUCGCAACCUCCUUCUCCUCUUGCCGAGCCACCACACCCGCAGCCUCGCUGCCGCGAGCCUCCUGUCCUGAUCGCGCAGGCCUCCUCGUUCCUCCAUCUCGCGCAGGAGCUCGCUCCCGAGCUCAGCUGCGUUCACGCCCGAUCACCGCGCUCCUGGAUCCUACCGACCCCGUGCACCAUGAGCUCCCUCACAUGGUGCCCUUGUGCACCGGGCUCUUCAACAACCCCUGCGUCGCCCACGUCAAGCCGCCGCCGUGCCAGUCGCCAAGCCACGCCGCCGGAGCACCAGGACUCUCCCGCACCUCGUCGCCGAUCGGAACCGUGCCUCCUCCGCCGUCCCCGCGCUGCACUCCACUGCUGCUUCCCCUGCGACCCGAGAGCGUUGCCUCCUCUGCUUCGAUGCAGGAGAACGACGGCCUCGCUCAUGCGCACCUCCAGCGCCAGCAGGGCUGCGCCGAUCCGCUGUCCCAAGGCCAAGCAGCCGGCUUGCCCUGCGCCUGCCUCCCCCAGAUCAGCGUUGAGCCGGCGCCCUUCGGUCCCCGCGCUGCCGGCGAGCAUCAUCAGGCCCAGGAAGUGCUCCGCCGUCGUUGCUGUUCGCCGGAGCACCGGUGCCCCAAAUCCGCCGUGGCGCUGCCGUCCCGAGCUCCUCCCGCGCCCUUGCCUUGUCUGUGCAGCUGCGCCGCUGCCUGCCUUCGACCCCACUGCUCGAUCCCCUGCUUCAGGGACGAGACGAUGGACGCCCGCGCCGUGCGUUGACCUCGCCAGCAAGGCCCAGCGCCUGCGUCCAGCCGACCGGGCCAGGCCCAAUGUGAGCAGCCCCCUCCAGCCCCUCUCCUGUACACUCGGGCUAGUCAGAUUCGGCCCGCUUAUGGUUUUUUUUCUAGAUCCGUGGUUUUGCUGUUUAACCAGGGAUUUGUAGAUUUGCAGAAAAGUCCCUCUAGAUCAUGCAUUUCAUAUCUCACAAAUGAUGCAUCAUAUGUAAAAACUUGAAAUAUGAAAAAUGACUAGAAUUUCAUCUAGUUCCACAAUAUCCAACUUUCAUGCUUGUUUCAAAUGUUUAAAUUGAUGUUUGCAUCAAUUUGCUUAUAUGCCAUGCUAAAAUGAUUUAUUUCAUAACUAAAUAACCGUAACUCCAAAUUUA